AUGAACCAUCCACAUGAAGGAGGAGUAGGCUACAACGAGGUCCCCAACAUGCACACCGGCGGCGUUGUCCCGAACCCUCCGCCACCGCUACCGCCUCCGCCUCCCCCGCGGCGCCGCCUGAUCCCGUUCCGCAUCGUCGUCAGAUCCCUCGUCGCGGUCAGCGCCUCCAUCGGCGUCCUCGCGCUCCUCAUCCUAUUCAUCUACUGGCCACGAGCGGUCCGGGUAGCCGUGGCCACCGCGACGCUCGCCGUCUUCGAGGUCGACCGCUUCGACAUCACCCCAACGACGAUCACCCCGGUGCUGUCCUACAACCUCACCGCGAUCCUGGCCGUCUCGAACCCCAACAGGCGCGUGUCCGUCUACUACGACCGGCUCCAGGCGGUGGGGUUCUACGAGUUCCAGCGCUUCGGCCGCGCCGCGCUGCCGGUGGCGUUCCAGGGCGCGAGGCGCACCGACGCGGUGCGGGCCGUGCUCGCCGGCAGCUUGCCCAUGAACUUCACCUUCGACGCUUACCCUGGUCAUCGCAGGAAUGGGGUGUUCCCUGUGGAUCUCUGGGUGGAUGGGGUCGUGCGGUACAGGUUCGGCAAGCUGACGAACACUAUGGUAGCGAGCACGCUGAAGGUCAGGUGCAGCCUGGAGCUGAAGCUGACGGUGGCUUCCGGUUGGGUGGAUUGCGCCACCUGGAGCUGA